GGACGUUCUGUCGUUGGGAACUGAGGCUUCUCUGACCUGACAGCAAUAAUAUUAACGCGAGUUAUCGGUCGCGGGCGGGAUUCUGCGUAUUCUGGGAUCUCGCAUGGCGGCUUUAACGUCCCGGUGCGGUGUGUGAGGCCCGGGCCGCGCGGUGUUGGCUGUUAUUGUCAUUAUAGUAUCGGAGGAGGCGACAGGCGACAUGUCGGAACCGAACAGCGCUUCCCUGCAGCAGAUCCUUGACAGGAGUUGCUGGGUAUGCUUUGCCACCGAUGAGGACGAUCGCACGGCGGAAUGGGUGAGACCGUGCCGGUGCCGAGGCUCCACCAAAUGGGUCCACCAGUCUUGCCUUCAGCGUUGGGUGGAUGAGAAGCAGAGAGGGAACAGCACCGCCAGGGUGGCCUGUCCUCAGUGCAACGCCGAAUACUUAAUCGUCUUCCCCAACCUGGGUCCCGUCGUGUACGUCUUGGAUCUGGCGGACAGACUCAUAUCCAAAGCGUGUCCCUUUGCGGCCGCCGGCAUAAUGGUGGGCUCGAUCUACUGGACGGCUGUCACGUAUGGAGCAGUCACAGUUAUGCAGGUUGUCGGCCACAAGGAGGGACUGGAUGUCAUGGAACGAGCCGACCCGCUCUUCCUGCUGAUCGGUCUUCCGACCAUCCCGGUGAUGCUGAUUCUGGGCAAGAUGAUCCGCUGGGAGGAUUACGUCCUGAGGUUGUGGCGCAAAUACUCCAACAAGCUUCAGAUCCUGAACAGCAUAUUCCCAGGCAUCGGAUGCCCCGUCCCUCGCGUCCCGGCUGAGGCGAACUAUUUAGCGGAUCACGUCUCUGCGACGCGGAUCCUCUGCGGGGCUCUGGUUUUCCCCACCAUCGCCACGAUCGUCGGCAAACUUAUGUUCAGCAGCGUCAACUCCAACCUCCAACGGACGAUUCUGGGUGGGAUUGCGUUUGUCGCCAUAAAGGGGGCUUUCAAGGUUUACUUCAAGCAGCAGCAGUACCUGCGCCAGGCUCAUCGGAAGAUCCUAAAUAACCCCGAUCCAGAAGAAGUAUAAGCUGGCCGGAUCGCCGCCCGCACGGCUCCCGCGUCGUAUUGAUUUCCUCGUCGGUGCAAAGUAAUUCACUUCAUUUCCGAUAAGCUGCUGCCCUCUGCGAUUUUGGGUUUUUGUAUGAAACAUAAUACGGCGCUUACACGGGGCAGCGCCAGGCCGGUAUAAAUAAUCCCAGAAAACCCCCCCGGUGUGAGAUCACUUUCGUCACCGUGGAGAUUGAAAUAUUUUAUUCCAUUAUAGUGUUAAAUAAUAUUCAGCCGUACUUUUUUUUUUUUUUUAACACACUGGACACUUUUACAAGGUUUUCAAGGUAAGGAUUAUGAAUAAGGGAAUCUUCUUCUCCUCCAAUCCGUGUUGCUGCCAAAUUGAAAACUCUGAUCAGAUUUUGUGA